AACACCACAUACAUUCCCAACACCUAUAUCGUGGAGCUUGACCAAGCCUCUGGCAUCAAUGCCGCGGCUCGAUUUGCUCAGAAGCAGGGUGGAAAAAUAAAGUAUCAAGUCCGCAAAGAGUUCAACAGUGCCAAAUAUUUCUACGGGCUAUCUCUGACCCUAGCGGAUGAUGCAUCUCACAAAGCUGAUCUGCUCAAGGUCAGCGGCGUCAAAAAUGUCUGGCCGGUUCGAGUUGUGCCGCGGCCAAAUCCCUUUGUUGCCGCUCCGCCAGCACCGCUAAGCAAUGGCACUCUGCCGCAUAUCAAGGGCAGUUCGGAUGUUAAUAGACCACUCAAGAUGGCUGGUGUAGAUAAAGUACACAGCCAAGGAAUCAAAGGCAAAGGUGUAAAGAUUGGCAUCAUUGACACCGGAGUGGAUUAUCUUCAUCCUUCUCUUGGAGGCGGAUUUGGGCCUGGGUACAAGGUAUCUUUUGGCUACGACUUUGUUGGAGAUGAUUAUACCGGAUAUAAUACGCCAGUUCCAGACAGUGAUCCAUUGGCUUCAUGUGCGACUGGAGGACACGGCACCCAUGUAGCGGGUAUUAUUGGAAUGACUGACGCCGCCAACCAAGGAUUUGGCCUUGUUGGGGUAGCUCCUGAAGCAAGUCUCGGCAUGUACAGGGUGUUUGGAUGCGAGGGUGACUCUGGCGACGAUGUCAUCAUGGCAGCUAUGCAGCAAGCCGCAGAGGAUGGCGUCGAUGUCAUCUCAAUGUCGCUCGGCGGCCUCACAUACUGGGAACAGGCAUCACCGUAUGUUCCACUGGCUCAGAGUAUUGUGGAAAGUGGUGUAGCAAUUGUUGCUGCUCUUGGAAACGACGGCGACCUUGGCCCGUACGCAGUAUCAGCUCCAGGCUUGGCUCCGGAAGUUUUGGCAGUGGGCUCUGCAGAGAGCGAAAUCUAUCCAACCAUUUACAAGGCAGAAAACAAUCUCGGCAAGGCUUUGGAGUACAUUUCAGUCUUACCCUUCAUCUCUGACCAGCCCAUUACCAUUUUCGAGGCUGGCAGUGGGCUAGACAUACCUAUCACGGAGGAGCAGACCGGUGGGUGUGAUCCCAGCGUAUGGACAGCCGCACAGAGUGCCAUUACAGAUGGAGCACACACGGCGGUUUUGAUCUACAAUACGAUAUACUGUGGGCUUGGGACUUAUUCAGAUCAGCUGUUGGCACUAAACGUGACAACUGUCAUAUACUACACCGAUGACCCAAACACUCCGAUUCUCCUGGACGAGCCGGGGACAACGGAUCCAUUCAAUAUUCUCUUCCUUGCAUAUGACCAAUCGCAACAGAUUGUCAAGGAUAUUGCCAGUCUUGGUUCUGGUAAAAAGUACACGCUGAGCUUCAAGUCUUCUGUUGUUCAAGACUUGCCUAAUCCAGCUGGCCACACCAUUGACUAUUUCUCUUCCAUCGGUCCGACGGUUGAGAUGACAGUAAAGCCCCAGCUUUCUUCUCCAGGAGGAAAUAUUCUCUCAACAUUCCCGCUUUCAGCCGGAGGCUAUGCCGUGUUGUCAGGUACCUCAAUGGCUACGCCCUUUACUGCUGGAGUUUAUGCCUUGAUCAAGUCUCAAUCGCCAAAACUCAGCAUCGCGGAGAUCACUUCUCUUAUGCAGUCAACCGCAGUGCCCAUGAAAGCACAAAAUCUGAACAUUAUUUCUUCCGUCACACAGCAAGGAGGUGGAUUAAUUAAUGCGUAUGCAGCAGUUGCUGCCGACUCUCAGAUAUCGCCGUCUCAGCUGAGUUUGCUCGACUCGCCAAAGCCAGCAAAGCAAUCCAUCACUAUCAAAAAUACCUCCAAGAAAGCCAAGACCUAUUCCAUCUCCCAUUCGGGUGCUUCAUAUAUCCGCACUUUGACUAAUUUCACGGGAGGGACGGAAGCGUCAUUCCUGAGAUUCACUCUCGGCCACGAGGCGAAAUACGCUACCGCUCAAUUUUCCAAGUCGAGGCUAUCCCUACAGCCUGGUCAGUCAACGACGGUAGAGGUUCAGUUUACGGCUCCCGACGAACCUCACCCAGAGUCAGAGCCUGUUUACUCAGGCUAUGUCAAGAUUGCUACCGACAGCAGCAGCUACGUCGUGCCAUAUCUUGGUGUGCCGUAUACCAGAAAUGAUGUGGAUUACCUUGGGCAUAAUACGACGGCAUGGGUAGGAAACGACACACCAUUCGUGGGGUCAGAUGUAACAGAGCCGGGUGAAGUCAACAUCGGCAAUUACAGCAUCUUGGGCCGCGAUGGCUCAGUACCAGCCGACCUGCUUGUGCCCGUCACUGGCUUUACCGUCGUGCAGCCCACCAACCUGGUUCGCCUGGAUGCUGUGCCUGUGAAUACCAGUUUUGUGCCGACAUUUUACGGCUUUGAUCCGUCUGUCAAGUUUGAUGUUUCAGAUGUAGAUGUACCACUAUAUGAGGGCUUCCUGGGCGUUCCAACGUAUGGGGUCUUGUCCGUGUGGGGUAUUGGCGACAUCCCUCCUGGAAUAGACCCCCGGACCGUUGUAGCUUGGCCCAACCCGAACGUUGUAAGUGGCUUCAUCUUGGAAUGGCCGCUUUUCAUGUACGAGAACGGCACGGACUUCAACAUCACGUCUGGAGCUUUCCGGCCAUUGCUGCGCGUUUUGCGCUAUGGAAACAAUGGCACGGCCCCUGAAGAUUAUGAAUCGUGGCUGGGUCCCAUC